CUGCAGCCGGCAGUAAUCCGACCCCGCGGGCGCGGGGAUUGAAUACGCGCAAGGGAGAGCGGCGAGCGGCGAGCUGCGAACAAAAGCCCUCGGCGCGGGGCCCAAGCCCGGGACGUGCGGGACUCCACAAAAGGACAGGACUCAGCCAUGGUGGACCCGGUGCCGGAAGAGGAAAAGGAGGGAGCCGAGCCUGAAGGUUCGGAUGGGGCCGCAGCCGCCGCACCUGGCCCCCCGGAGGCACAGGGUGCCCAGCAGCCUGCCGCCUCCUCGGCCUCAGCCUCCGCCUCGGCGGCGGCGCCCCGCAAGGCUGAAGUCCCGAGCGCAGCGGAAGAAGGCGGUCGGCGGGAGCAGUCUCCGCUGCUGCACCUGGACCUCUUCAACUUCGACUGUCCGGAGGCCGAGGGCAGCCGCUACGUGCUGACCAGUCCCCGCUCGCUGGAGGCCUGCGCCCGCUGCGCAGUCAAGCCCGUGGAGCUGCUGCCACGGGCCCUGGCAGACCUGGUGCGCGAGGCCCCGGGCCGCUCCAUGCGAGUGGCCACCGGCCUGUACGAGGCCUACGAGGCGGAGAGGCGCGCCAAGCUGCAGCAGUGCCGGGCCGAACGAGAGCGCAUCGUGCGCGAGGAGAAGCGGCGCCUCUUCACGCCCUUGGGGACUGCGGCCACCGCCGCCUCGGUCCCCGGCGCGGCCGGCAGCAGCAGCAGCUGCAGCAGCGCCAGCCUCCCGGGCUCGCCCGCGCCGCGCGCCACCCGCAAGGCCUCUUCCAGCCCAUCUCCCGCCCGGACGCAACCACCGCCCGCAGCUUCGCGGGCGGGUAGGAAGAGCCACUCGCUAGACUCGCUGUCCCGCCGGCGCGAGGGCGCCCUCAGUUCUGAGUCUGGCGCGUCGUCGUCCUCCUACAGCGGGGAGAGCCUGCGAGAGCUGCGCUGGCCUCCGCGGGCCUCGGCCAGGAACAGCUGUCCGGCGGGCUCCGCGUCCUCCGCCCCCAACCCCCUGGGCCGUCCUUCCGCCCUGGCCUUGGUGCCGCUCACAGGCCGCAGCUUCAGCCUAGGUGACCUGAGCCACUCUCCGCAGACAGCUCAGCAUGUGGAGCGCAUCGUGCGCCAAGUGCGCGCCGAGCGGGGCCUGCGCGGGGUGCCGGACCGCGACAGAAAGAUCGCGGCGCUAAUGCUGGCGCGCCACCAGGAGGAGCGGCUGCUGCUGGAGCAGCGCGCCGCGGCGCACGGCCAGUGGGAGCAGCAGCGCGUGCGGGCGGAGCAGCGACGGGAGCGCGAGGAGCGGGAGAAGCAGCGCGCGCUGGAGCAGGGCCGCCGGGCCUGGGCGGCGCAGGUGGAGGAGCGGCGUGGCCGUCGCGGGCGCGAGGAACGCGAGGAGGCGCGGCGGCGGCAGCGGGAGUGCGAGCGCAGCGAGGAGCGGCGGCGGGAGCUGGCCGAACGCCAGGGCCUGCUGCGGCGGGAGCGGGUUGAGCGCGCGGCCCGGGAGGAUCGGCUGCGCAAGCUGCAGCAGGAGCAGAACCUGAAGCAGCGGGAGGAGGGCCUGCAGGAAGGGCGCGAGCGGGCCGAGUUGGUCCGCAGGGAGCGCGCCCAGCGCGCGGCCCGCACCAAGCAGCGGCAGGAGGGCCAGAUGCUACGGGAGAAGCGGGAGCUAAGCCGGGCGGAGCGCGCGCGCCACGAGGCGCUGCUGCAAGGCCGGGCCCGGCAGGAGCGCGCGGAACGAGAGGACUUGCGGAGUUCCCUAGAGGCCAGCUUGGGCCGCGCGCAGGAUAACUACGAGCAGCUGGUGGAGCAGCGCGCGCGCGAGCUGCGGGAGCGGGCCCGGCGGGAGGAGUUGCAGGGCCGGCGGGCCAAGGAAGUGGCGGAGCGCAAAGGGCGCGAGCACCAGGCGCACCUGGAAGCGCUGGCCCGGGCCGGGGAGCGGCGGCUGCAGCACGCUACGCAGGCAGCCGAGGAAGCUGUGCAGCAGAAGGCAAGGCGCGUGGGCCAGAGCCGGUUGGAGAAAGAACGAGCCCAGCGCGCCAAUAAGGAGAAGGUGGAGAGGGACGAAGACUCCCGCCGGCGGGAGCUGCUGCAGGCCAUCGGGCGCAAGCUGGAGCGGAGCGAGCAGCUUUCUCGAGAGCGGCGGAGCGCACUGGAGACCGCCCGCUCCACGGCCCGGGCCUCCUUCCACGUGCGGGAGAAGGUACGCGAGGAGACCAACACGCGCUCCUUCGACCGCAUGGUGCGGGAAGCCCAGCUGCACGCCAGCCUGGACCGCAAAUGACCACCGCCCUGGGCUGGCCAGGCUGCCAGGCUCAGCCCUGCGGGGCCUCCCUUGGCGUUUAUGACCAGACUAGGGGAGUCUUCCGUUGCAGCUCAACGCCCUGGCCUCGCCAGGGUCUUGACCAGUGAGGCAACGAGAGGACAGAGAGACCUGCCAGCCCACCGCCUUUAA